GGCAGGGAAAAAGAUAAAGAGGUUUUACUUCAAUUAUUGCUGGGUGAAAGACGUAAUGAUGCUCAAGUCUCUGUGAUUCCUAUACUCGGUAUGGGGGGUAUAGGAAAAACAACUCUUGCCCAGCUUUUAUUCAAUGAUAAAAAAGUGCAAAGCUUUUUUGAUUUAAAAGCAUGGGCCUGUGUUUCUGAAGACUUUGAUGCUGUUAGGGUGACAAAAGCAGUUCUAAAAUCAGUCACCUUUGCAAGCCGUGAUGAAAAUGAUCUGAAUUUGUUGCAAGUCGAACUCAAGGAACAACUAAAAGGGAAGAAAUUUCUAGUCGUUCUGGAUGAUCUAUGGAAUGAGAACUACGUUGAUUGGACUAUCCUACGCGCUCCUUUCCUAGCAGGGGCUCCGGGAAGUGCAAUUGUCAUCACAACUCGCAAUGAGAGAGUUUCAUCGAUAACACGUUCCCUUCCAGAGUACUGUUUGGAAGUGUUGUCAAAAGAUGCAUGUUUGUCUGUAUUUACCCAACAUGCACUGGGGGCAAGCAACUUCAGUGCACAUCCGAACCUUCAAGAGAUUGGUGAAAAAAUCGUUGAAAGAUGUAAAGGCUUGCCUUUGGCAGCAAAGACCCUCGGAGGCCUCUUGCGCACUAAAAAGGACCGUAAUGAGUGGGUAAAUGUGCUUAAGAGCAAGAUAUGGGAUAUACCAGAGGAGAGAAGUGGAAUUGUUCCCGCCCUUAUGUUGAGCUACCACCAUCUCCCUUCACAUUUAAAAAGGUGCUUUAUGUAUUGUUCAAUACUCCCAGAGGACUAUAAAUUUGAAGAGCAUCAGUUGGUUCUGUUGUGGAUGGCAGAAGGUCUAAUUCAACCACCGGAAGGGGAUAAGCAAAUGGAAGAUCUGGGUAGCGAGUAUUUUCAUGAUUUGUUGUCAAGGUCCUUUUUCCAACAAUCAAGCACGGAGAAAUUCCGAUAUGGGAAACCACAAUUUGUGAUGCAUGAUCUCAUCAACGAUUUGGCCCAAAGGGUUGCAGGAGAUAUAUGCUUCAAGAUGGAGGAUGAAAUUUGGGGUGGUAACAAAAUAAGACUUCCUAAAAAGGUUCGACACUCUUCUUACUUGCGUGGACAAUUCGAUUUUGCUAAAAAGUUUGAGCCUUUUUUUGAACUCAAAUGUCUACGUACCUUCCUCCCUCUUCCAUGUCCUAGUUAUUGUUAUUUGACUCAAAAUGUUCAUAUUCAAUUGUUGCCAGAAUUAAAAUGUUUAAGAGCACUCUCUUUGAGUGGGUACUGCAUAGUUGAGGUACCAAAUUCGAUUGGUGAUUUAAAGCAUUUACGGUACCUUGACCUUUCUUACACUGAAAUUAGAGGUUUGCCCGAAUCAACAACUACUCUAUACAACUUACAGACAAUGAUUCUGGAGGGAUGUUCUUAUCUAGAGCAAUUGCCUUCAAAUUUGGGCAACUUGGUCAACUUGCGCCACCUUAACAUUCUCAAUGCAACUAAGCUGGAAGGAAUGCCUCCUCAAAUAGGUAAAUUAACUCAUCUCCAAACAUUGUCUAAUCUAAUUGUGGGAAAAGGCAGUUGCUUCUCGUUAAGAGAGCUAGGUUCUUUGUCGCAUCUUCGAGGGACACUCCUCAUCUCACAAUUGGAGAAUGUCACUAAACCUAGGGAUGCAAGCGAUGCUAAGUUAAUUAAAAAGAUUGAUCUUACUACGUUGUGCUUGGAAUGGAGUGUCAACAUAGAUGAUUCACAAGAUAGAAGAAGUGAGUUUGACGUACUUAGCAUGUAA